AUGGUGUCAGUCAUUGUCACUCUCAGGCACCACGCAGACGAGGUGAGCUGCUGCGCCUUCUCUCCCUCCCUCCUGGCCACCUCCUCCGGUGAUAAGACCCUUCGUGUCUACAGCACGGCCGACUUCUCGGAGCUUCCUUUCUCCCCUCUGUCGGGUCACGGCUACGGGGUUCACUGCUGCUGCUUCAGCUCCUGUGGCGGCUACCUGCUCAGCUGCUCCACGGACGGAUCCGUCAUCGCCUGGAGGUCGGAGACAGGUGAGGUGGCCGCGACGCUGCAGCACCCGGGCCGCAGUCCGCUCCGAGUGUGCGCACUGGCGCCAGACUCCUGCCUCCUGCUGGCAGGGGCCUGUGAUGGCACCGUGGCCCUCUGGGACUUCCCCUCCAAGACAUUACGCAGAUGCAGCGCAGUGAGCGAGGCCAGUGUCGUGGCCUGCUGCUUCGCUCCGUGUGGCCAGAUGUUUGCGAGCGGCUGCACCCGCGGAGACCUCAAACUGUGGGACACGGAAAUCAACCUCCUGCAUGCUGAGAGGGACGCCCACGACCUGGGAGUCACCUGCUGCAGCUUCGCACCCCAGUUCAAAGUUGACGGCUGCUGCGUGGAGCUUCGACUGGCCUCCUGCGGCCAGGACAGCCAGCUGAAAAUAUGGAUCGUUUCCCAGCGUGAAGGAGCAGGCUGUGUCAUGAAGCUGCUUCACACUCUCAGCAGCCAGUUGGCUCCAGUUCUGUCCUGUGCCUUCUCCUCUGACGGAGAGCUGGUGGUCUCGGGCUCAGUGGAUAAAAGUGUUGCAAUAUAUGAUGCGAACCUGGGAGCCCUGCUCUACACUCUGAAACAGCACGACAGGUAUGUGACUGCUGUUGCUCUGUCUCCCACCAUGCCGUGGAUUGCAACCGGCUCCAUGGACAGAACGGUGAACGUGUGGAGAAUCGGAGACGGAGUGAGCAGAACUGCAGCUGAAUCGAUGCAGACGGCGUGCCAAGGAAGGAAGUUGCCGGGUCACUCCAGGCUGCUGGUUGCUGAUUGGUCGGAGGAGGAUGUGCAGACUUGGCUGUGCGAGGAAGGACUGCAGGAGCUCGUCAGCAUCUUUAAAGCCAACAACAUCGACGGACCAGAGCUCAGCCAGCUGAACAAGGAAACGGUCAGAGAGCUGGGAAUUGAGUCUGUGGGCCUCCGCGGUCGCCUCAUGAGGAAAAUCGAGGCCCUGAAGGCAGAGCAGAGCGGUUCAGAGGCCCCAGAUGAGUUUCUGUGUCCAAUCACCAGAGAGCUGUUGAAGGAUCCAGUCAUAGCUGCAGAUGGGUAUUCCUAUGAGCGAGAAUCCAUCGAGAGCUGGAUCAGGGGCAAGAACAAAACCAGUCCCAUGACGAACCUGCCCCUGCAGACCACGCUCCUCACCCCGAACAGAUCGCUGAAGACGGCAAUAACACGGUGGAAGUCGAGCCAGUAGACGGCAGCUCGUUGUAGCUUGUUUGCCAGAAUCCAAAGGAGCAGGUACUUCAUCAUUAAACAGGAAUCUCUGAUCUGGUAACACAUCAGCUUAUUAUCGCUGAGGAAGUAAUUGCCAUUAAUAGUUUUGCUCAGGGCACCACUGAAGAGUCACAAGUUUGACAAAAUAAUCAGAAUCUGAUGUCUAAGAUAAGUCGAUGGUAAUUUGCCCAGUAAAUAUAGAGUCCUGUUUAGCAAAGUGCCUGCAGACAAGCCGAUCCUGAGUCAUUAUACUGUGUAUCUGAAGAUACUAUCACUUUAAAGGUGCAAUAUGUAAGAAAUGGCCACCUGUCGAAUUUCUACUCCAAACAAAUGGAGGCAGCAUGUCACCAGAGUAACUGCUAACUGCUGCUAACUGUUGCUGCUGGGACCGGGAGCAGUGUUGGUGUUUACACCUCUGGCACUGGAGCUCCAGACCACCAGGAGGACGAGGUUUUCAGGCCCAGAGCAGGUCAACCCAGCAGGGAAUGCUGGCGGGGAGCAGCAACUUCGGUAAAUGUUGCUGCAACACAGUAAACAGACAUCUUUAACAUAACAUAUUCUUACAUAUAGUUCCUUUAAAGCCACAACACAUAACUUUUGAAUGUAGAAGUAAAAGUUGAAUAAAUCAUACCCUUGCUUCACUCAGUACACUCUGGGCCUUACAUCUGAUGCGAGCAGCAGCAAGCAGUGGCUAAUAUUAGCUAAUUCUAGCAAACCUUAGAUAUUGCUGUGCAACAUUAAUAAGUCAUUUUGUUGAUAACGACUAUUCUCUACGAUUGCUAAAAAGGAAAAGGAAACAUGGCAUACCUCGCCAAAGAAUGGAAGUUUAAUGUCCUGUAAUUGCCAUGUGUGGCCACAGUGGCCGCUGUUCAGCUGAACUCUUUGUUGGUGCUUUGCGUUUCCCUGCUGCUUUUCAGCACUCAUCAAACGUGUGUUUGUAUGUUUAAAUUCCUGUUGAGGUUCAUGGUAAUUAUUAAAUGUCUUCUUAUCGUAGGCAGUGUUUUAGAAUA